UGUAUUGUUAGGAUUGCAUAUAUGCAGGGACCAUCGGGAAGGUCCAAACCUCGUUUUACUCGAUAAGCUAUGGUCCGCUCUUUCCCCCUCCUUAGUCGCGCACAGGGCUACAUAUUACUUCCGACCCAAAUGAUCUGCCCCGUUCUUGAAGGGGGAUAUAUUGUUGUAUGGCAAUCAUAAUUCAGUAGCGUUUCAGUUUAAUACCCACCAGUGGUAGGGUAAACAUUGUUGGAAAAGGAAACAGAACGAGGAAUUCCCAUUGUAUUUAUAAUUCGGAAGGUAACAUUUUGCUCAUGCAACUGGCAUUGCCACUGCCUGGAGAGGAUGGAUACUGAUGAAGAAAAGAGAGAAUUAGUCGUCGUGCAAGAUGAAGAUGAAGAAAAGAGAGAAUUAGUCGUCGUGCAAGAUGAAGAUGAAGAUGGAGAUGAAGUUGAAGUUGAAGUUGGCGAUGAACAAGAACAAGUUCAACACCAGGGGAGCGACACCAGGAAAAGACGUGGAAGGAAACCCAAAUCACUCUCUUCAUCCCCAUCAACAGCUAAGAAAGCUCAAGAAGACGAAGAUGUUUGCUUCGCUUGUUACGAUGGGGGAAACUUGGUUCUUUGUGAUCGCAAGAGAUGCCCCAAGGCAUACCACGCAGAGUGUGUGGGAGGAGACGAAACCUUCGUUCAAUCAAAAGGACCCUGGAUUUGUGGUUGGCAUUCAUGCACAGAGUGUGAGAAGCCUGCCAAAUUUCUAUGCUAUACUUGUACAUAUUCUGUUUGCCGAGCUUGCAUCAGAGAAGUGGAAUUUGUUUGCAUUAAAAAAAACAGGGGCUUUUGUGAAAAUUGCCUGCCACUUGUUCUCAUGAUAGAGGAGGAUAAAGAUGUUCAUUCAGAUGGGGUAAAAGUUGAUUUUAGUGACAAGGAAACUUGGGAGUAUUUAUUCAAAGAUUACUGGCUUGAGUUGAGGGAUAAGCUAUCCCUGACAUUAAUGGAGAUCAAGAAGGCUAAAAAUCCUUACAAGGAUAUUGAGGAUAUAGGAUCCGAUGAAGCAUUUGAUGAAAAUGAUGCGUCUUCCUCAAGUUCCGAUAGCGGAUCAGAUCAGCUAGUUGAGGAGUAUGAGAUAAGCAUGAAAAGGAGGAGAAGGUCCAGAACAUUUACUGGUGUACACGAUGAUGCUCGGCUGGAACAAGAGUCAGGGAAGAAAGGAAAACUUGCCCGUAGAGAAUUCAAUAGUUGGGCUUCAAAGGAACUGUUAGAGUUUGUUGAAUAUGUGAAACAAGACACCGAAAAAGUUAUCUCCAUAUUUGAGGUUCAACGCCUCUUGCUGCAAUAUAUAAAGGAGAAUAAGCUUCAAGAUCCUCGCAAGAAAAGUGUCAUUUCUUGUGAUGAGAGGUUACACCGCUUGUUUGGAAAACCUAUUGUUGGACGGUUUGAAAUGUUAAAGCUUCUUGAAUCACAUUUUUCUUCAAAGCAGUCUUGUUUUGUGGAAGAAAGUUCAGUGUGUGAAAUCCAAGAGGAUGCACAGCAUGAUAAUGAUAACCGGACUGAUCUUAGUGCCAAUAAAGAAAAAGUGAGCAGGAUUGCUGAUAAAAAGCGCAAGACACGGAAAAAGACCGAUGAUAAAGCAUCAAGGCCCAAUCCAAAUGAUUAUGCUGCCAUAAAUAUCCAUAAUAUUGGCUUAGUUUACUUGCGACGAACUUUAAUUGAAGAUUUACUGGAAGAUCUUAUGAGCUUUAAUGCCAAAGUUGCUGGUUCUUUUGUGCGAAUAAGAACAUCUGGAGUAGGCAAUCGCCAGGAGGUGUUCUACCGGCUUGUACAAGUUGUUGGUACAAAGAAGAUAGGCGAGCCUUACUUUACAGGAAGGAAGACAACUGAUAUCAUUCUGGAAAUCUUAAAUUUGAACAAAAAGGAGGAUGUAUCCAUUGAUGCAGUGUCAAAUCAGGAUUUUACUGAGGAAGAGUGCAAGCGUCUGCGGCAAAGUGUAAGAUGUGGACUUGUUACUCGACCAACUGUGAUUGAGAUUGAGGAGAAAGCUCAGGCUUUACAUGAAGUUAAACUCAAUGAUUGGUUUGAAACAGAGUUACUAAGGCUUAGCCACCUUAGGGAUCGGGCAAGCGAGAAGGGCCACAGGAAAGAGCUAAGGGAAUGUGUUGAGAAGUUGCAGCUACUAAGCAGCCCUGAUGAGCGUGCUCGAAAAUUACAGGAAAUUCCAGAGGUUAUUGCUGAUCCAAAUGUAGAUCCAGACUAUGAUUCAGAUGAUAAAGAGGACAUGCCGAAAGGCAGCAAUCAAGGUAUGGAUUCUCAUCAAUGGGACAAUUCAAAGGGAGGGUGGGAUGGUGUCCAACAAAUCUCAGGGAAUACUUGGGAAAACAGGAAAAGUAGUACAUCCUCGCGUGGACGAUCAGGAUGGAAGAGAGGCAAUAUUAUUACACAGAAUCAUGGUUGGUCUCAUGAUCACCUGGACAACAAUGAACAAAAUACUAAUAGUGCAAAUUGGAACCGGGGAAAAGAGAAAUCUGGAGACGAACAAUCUUCAGGUUGGGAUUCCAAAAAGAGUUGUGUGAGGGAUGAUGGAAGCAAAAUUGAAAAAUGUUCAAGUGAGAAAAACAUAGCUGGAUCAAAUUGGUGUGGAUCGUAUGCUGGAGUUGGUAGCUUGCAUUCAAGUUCGGAAUGGCAGCAAGAGAAGGAUCAAACACACAAAUCGACUCUUAGGGUAGAUCUUUCAACUAAGCCUCCAAUUAUGGAAGAGGUAAGUGAAACAGGGAAAGUCUGGCACUAUAAAGACCCAACUGGCACAAUACAAGGACCCUUUUCUAUGUUGCAACUGAGGAAGUGGAAUAUGAAAGGAUUUUUCCCAAUUGAUCUGCGGAUUUGGAGGACACAUGAAAUGCAAGAGGGUUCAAUACUGUUAACUGAUGCAAUUGCAGGGAAUUUUCAGAAAAAAUCAAAUAACUUGGAGGCUAAUAGGCAUUCUGAUCAAACCUUUGCUCCGAAUAGAGCAGUUAUGAUAAAUGAAAACCCUGGGACUGGCUGGACAGGGAAUGGUGCAUCAACAUGGACGGGCUCAGAACAAAACUAUAUCUCUAACAUGUCGAAUUGGAAGUCCGAUGGUGGUCUGGUUUCCUCUACCAAUGAUGGAAAAUUCAUGAAGAAUUCAAAUCAUGAGUCUGUUGGAUGGUGUAGCAGCAUUGACAUACAACAUGGACAGUCAACAAAUGAUGGAUGGGCUAUGCCUCAAAGUUCCGGGCAUACGAUGGCAACUGUUGAAGCUCCAAUAUCAGCAAAGGAAGGAUUAAAUUGUGUAAUCACCAGUUCUGAAUUGACAGACUCUAUGACUGUUCAAUCUCUCAAAUCUUCAAAUGCAGGUUGGAAUGCAGGUUCCAGUGAGGUGUGGGGUGCAUCUAAAAAUUCUGAAGGUACAUUGUCAGCAUCUUUAACUGUUGAAAACCAUAAAUUUUCAGGAGGUUGGGGUGGAGAUUCAAAUGAAGGUAUUGGUGUACUUAAAAGUUCUACAAACCUGAGGUCAAGCUUGAGUGCUAUUGAAGCUUCCAGUUCUGGAAGAAGCAGUUGGGUUGGCAGUAACCCAUCAAUGCUCAGAGGUGGAAAUGAUGGCAUGCCUGUAUCCCAUUUUUCUGAUGCUCUAUUGACAAAUAGAGCUUUGGGUGGAUCCCAAAUUUCUGAAGCUUCUAUGUUGAGAAAUGCAGGCCGGGACGGGGGUCCAACUAAAGGUUGGGGUAUAAAUCAAUGUACUGAUAGUUCUUGGAAAACUCCUUCGGUUGCCACUGUUGAAAUUUCUAAAUAUUCAAAUGAAGGUUGGUGUGGUCCCAAAAAUUGUGAAAAUAUGUUAUCAUCAUCUUCACCUGCUGAACCUCCAAAGACAACAAUGGAUGGUUGGGGUGCACACCAGAGUUCAGAAAGUUUGUCACGAACAGUUUCAGUAGUUGAGACUAUUAAGUCUAUAAAUGAAGGUUGGGGUGCACCUCCAAGUUCAGAAAAUCAGUGGCCAAAAGCUUCAGAAGUUGAUGCUAGCAAAUUUACAAAUGAAGGUUGGGGCGCACCCCAAAGUUCUGAGAAAUUAUGGACAGCUUUGACAACUAGUGAAGCUUUGGAACCUAUAACUGAAGUUGGGAGCAGUGGUCCCAAUGGAAAUUGGGUCGGGAGCACCCCCAGUGAAGGCUGGAAUGAAUCUGGAAGAACUGAAAACAUGGAGAAGGUUACUAGAUCAGAGUCACGGAACUCUCAGAAAAGUUACCAUGACCCAGAUUCUGCUGGAAAGUUUUGCAGUAGACCAGCCCAUGAGGGUUUUCGGUCCUCCAGAAAUUCAAAAAAGGACAUUCCUUGUAAGUUUCAUGGAAGAGGCUUUUGUAAACGGGGGGCUAAUUGUGAGUUUCACCAUGGUUAACUUGUCAAGUUGAAUUGCUACAAUUAAUGUGUAAUGAGUCAUAUCGCUGAAGGUGAAAUUGCUUUGACAGUUUUAUGUCAGUGCAAUCAUUUUUGUAAAUUUUUUGUAAUACCAAGAUCGCUUUUGAUUCUGUAAUAAGGCUUUCCUAUUUUUGGCUUCUUAGCUGAUCUUGCUGCAGUUCAAAUUUUAAUUAACAAGGGCAAAAUUGAGAUGUACAAAUAUUUUAUUACAAAAUAUACCAAUGUAUGAACAUUCUGAAGUUUGA